UACACAGCCAUACUCCACGACGCCCUUAGAAAAGCGGGAAACUUCGAAAUUACGACACGAUUGGCCCACGCGCGCACCCUUAUUUAAUUUUAUUUCAUUUAAAAUUCUUCAUUCUCCACGAUAUAAAUAUUUCAUUUAGGGUUCAAAAAUUCAAAAUUAGCAGCAGCAGCCAUGGAAGAGGUGAAGUCGAGCGCAGCUUGGGUGGCUAGCCAUUCUUCUCACGUCAUAGUCGAUUCCGCAGGAAUAGAGAGAGCAGUGGAGAAUAUUCAGGAAAUACCGAGGAUAGAAUGGAAUUUUGAAGGAAUUCAUUACUUUGAUAAUGGUCCCCUCACCGUUCAGUACCUUUUUGUUUUGGAUGCUUUAAACUUUUGCUUUUGGCCUGAUAAGGAUCUGAACUAUGACCAUUUGGCUUCAGGCCUAAAGGCAGCUUUGCAGAAUGACAAUUCUGUUUUUGACGCUGAUCGGCUGCAAAAGUACACAGGUCCUGAAUUACGCGAGUUGUUGAAAUGGCCCAGACCACUUCCUUUGGAGGAUGAAAGGAUUCGUCUACUCCAUGAGGUUGGCUUUGAACUGGAAAGAAGCUUUGGAGGUAGUGCUGCCAAUCUUGUAGAGUCCUGUGGGAAAUCAGCUGCAAAGCUUGUUGCUACCAUAACCAGUCACUUUCCUGGUUUUCGUGAUCACUCGCUUUAUAAAGGCCACCAAGUUUUCUUGUAUAAAAGAGCUCAGAUAUUUGUAGCUGAUCUAUAUGGAGCAUUCAAGGGCAGAAGAUAUGGGGAAUUUAAUGACAUUGGAUCAGUCACUAUAUUUGCUGAUUAUAUUGUUCCAGCUGUUCUUCAGCAGCUCGGUGUGCUAAAGUAUAGUUCGACUCUUGCCAACAUGAUCACGUCUGAUUCUGUUAUAGCUUCAGGCAGUGAGGAGGAAGUUGAACUACGAGCAUGCUCCAUAUAUGCUGUUGAGAAAAUGAGGGACUUACUCCGUGUAAUUUCAGGAAAGCAGGUGCUGAGUAUUGAAUUGGACCUUUGGCUCUGGGCUUUUGGUGUGCGUUGUCCAUCUCUCCAACACCAUCGAACACUAUCAAUUUAUUAUUAAGUUGACAAUUUUCAGAAUAGGUUUUUCUUUAACAAGAGGGAAAAUAAAUUACCUUUGAAAUUUGGAGGUAAUUUUAUUGGCCAAUUUUGGAGAACUAAUCCAUGUUUCUUCACUUUGAAAGGUGAAAACUAUUUUUUGGACUUUAAUACUGUUACUAAUUGUACUUUUGCCUGAUGUUUUUAACUUGACAAAUAUCUAAUAGAUGAAAAGGUUUUCAAUUAUCUCA